CUAUAUCCUACCAACUCCAUUUGCAAAGCAAAACGAUAGAGUUGACCUCUUCAAUUCUGCGAUCUUCCCCUUCAUCUCUCAAUUCCUUUUCUCUCUGAUUCUUGAAAAUGGUGAUGCUUGUGGACUGUUCCAAGUGCCGUACCACCUUGCAGCUCCCACACGGAGCAAAAUCCAUACGCUGUGCAGUCUGCCACGCCAUCACUCUCAUCGGCGAACCCCGCAACUCGCCACCUACGCCGCCACCAACUUAUCUCCCAUCUCCCACCACCUUGAGUACCAGCAACUAUAACUACUAUGCUCCCCCGCAGGUACAUCCUCCGGCACCUGUUUCAGCUCCGUCGCCGUACAACCACGCUCCACCAAGCCAACCACCAUCGGUCCACGGACGCAAAAAGGCCGUGAUAAUUGGGAUCUCGUACAAGAAAUCGAAGAAUGAGCUCAAGGGUUGCAUUAAUGAUGCUAAGUGCAUGAAGUUCAUGUUGGUCAACCGCUUCAAGUUCCCUGAAGCCUCCAUUCUCAUGCUUACUGAAGAAGAAACUGAUCCAUACAGAAUUCCAACUAAACAUAACAUCAGGAUGGCAAUGUUUUGGCUUGUACAAGGUUGUCAGCCUGGGGAUUCCCUGGUGUUUCAUUAUUCUGGGCAUGGUUCACAACAGAGAAACUACACUGGAGACGAGAUAGAUGGAUAUGACGAAACACUUUGCCCAUUGGACUAUGAAACACAGGGAAUGAUCGUGGACGAUGAAAUUAAUGCAACAAUCGUUAAGCCUCUCCCUCGUGGAGUCAAGCUCCAUGCGGUCAUAGAUGCCUGUCAUAGUGGUACCGUACUAGAUUUACCAUAUCUUUGUCGAAUGGACAGAACGGGGCGUUAUGCAUGGGAAGAUCAUCGUCCUCCAUCAGGUGCUUGGAAAGGAACUAGCGGUGGAGAAGUCAUAUCCUUCAGUGGCUGCGACGAUGAUCAAACUUCUGCUGAUACUGCUGCUCUAUCCAAGGUUACUUCAACAGGGGCAAUGACUUAUGCUUUUAUCCAAGCAAUCGAACGCGGGCAAGGAACUACAUACGGAAGUAUUCUAAGUGCAAUGCGAUCUACCAUCCGAAAGACUGAUGAUGAGAUAGGAGGGAGCGUUGUCACAACGCUCCUCACAAUGCUCCUGACCGGGGGAAGUGCUGGUAUCGGAAUGUCACAGGAACCACAACUUACUGCUAAUGAACCAUUUGAUGUAUACACGAAGCCAUUUUCACUAUGAGUUAAGCAUACAGAGGACCCGUUUCUGCAGCAAAAAAUGAAGUGCCGAGCUAGCUUCUGGCUUCUAAGCUAUUUAGAAGCAUGAAAAUGUACAGUUCUUGAUUUUCUUUCGAUUAAUUUGUAAAUUACAACUUCUGGGGUUUAAUUAACUCGAACUUUAUCGUGUUGCUACGAAUUGCUGGAGUUAUUAUAUUGCAUUAAAAUUUUCCCUUGGACUAAAAGCAUAAAAAAAUCAAUUGGUGUGUCUUCUUA